AGUUCGUAAAAUCCGUAAUGUUGAUGGUGCCUGUUGAAGCGUGUUGGUUAUUGUCGCGUUGUUCCUUGGUGUUUUUCCGUCAAUCUGAGUUAUUUGUAAACGAAAGAAACAUCUUAUUGGAAUUGUCUGCUUUUUGAAUUUAUCAUGCUCAAGUUGGUCUAAAUGCCAAAUUUAAUUGCAUUCUUACCGUUAGAAGAGACAUUCGCAAGAGAGCCAUCAUCGUCUUAACUUCUUUGCUUGUGGAACAGUAAAAAAGAACAUCAAGAUGUUUUUUAAAAGAGUGGACAGAUCAUAUUCAUUAUAAUACGUGUGACAAUCAGAAGAAAAUUGAAAAUGGCGUCAUCAACGAAUUUUACUGAAUGGAGUAGAGAGGAGAAAGAUGCUUUUGCUCGGAAGCGCAUGCAAGAAAUGAAAUUGAAAAAUGAAAUGUUAAUGCAAAGACAUGCUGAAGUUUUAGAAGAUAAGCAUAAAGCAGAGGGUCAGAAUUCAUCAAUUAAGUUUGCAGCUAAGAAAGAAAAGAACAUUAUAAAUGAAGAAGUGGAGAUAAAAAAUGAGUAUGAAAGAGAAUGGGAUCGUGGAAAAGUUGAUUUAGAAUUGUUUAAUUCUCCAGACUAUUAUGAUUCUCAACGGAAUAAAAAGGCAUCUAACUGGAGAACUGACAGAAGAGAGGAUACUUGGACAAAUUCUACUUACACCCAAUCAAAAAGAUCUGAUUGGAGAACUGAUAAAAGAGAGGAUAACUGGACAAAUUCUACUUACACACAGUCAAAAAAUACACAGCAUAAAUAUGAUGACUACGGCCAAAACAGCUUUUGUAACAAAAAAUUUGGGACUGGUAAUAAUCCGUUUCGAUCAUCGGAAAAUCGUGGUGUGACCGGAUCUAAUUAUGAAAGGCAAAAUGUGAGAGGAAACUCGUGGAGACCCAGGGGAAGGGGUUCAGCAGCAUUUAAUUCCAAUGAAAGAAAUAGAUCCAAUUAUUCAAGAGAUGCCGAAAAGAAAAAUAGUCGAGCGGCAAAUUCAAGUUCAAGUGAUCCUGAUACACGCAAUCUUGAUAAUCGCAAAAGUCCACAUGCUGGUGAGACUUGGACAGAUGAUGAACUUGCAGAAAAUCAGCAUAAGCAGAGUAGGGUGGAAAAUUGGGUAAAUUCUAUUAAUAGUUCUGAUUCUUGGGAACAGGGAAAUGACUCAAAAAAUGCAUGCAAAGAGAAAAGUAACAACACUAGAGGUUUGUCUAGCUCACAUAAAAAGUUUCAACAUUCUUAUGAUGACACAUGGGAGAAUGUAAAACCUGCCAGUCAUCUGACAAAAAAUCAAUCUGUAGACAAAGGGUCAAAACUCAAACAAACUCAUCAACAAAACUCAUACUCUGCUCAUACCACUUAUAAAAAUAGUGAUAGUAUUCCUUCUGACAUUCGUAACUAUGACAAAUCACAUUUACAAAGACAAGAUGAUAAUAGAAGGAGUUUUGAGAAAAAUAAAAAAUAUGUUGUGCAAUCAUCAAAAUCAAAUGCUGAGUGUCAUGGGCAAAGAUUUUCUGCUCAAUCCAAUUCUAAAAGCAUGCAUGUUCAUCAAAAACGAGAGUCAUCCCACAAGUCUAAAUAUGUUGAAGAAAGUGAUACUUGGGGAGAUGUUAAAAUUGAUCAUUCAAAAUCAAAUGAUGGAUGGUUGGAGUCAACAGAAAAUGAUUCCUCAAACAACUGGAAAAAACAUCAUCACACUCAAAAUAACAGUGCUAAAUCAAAUGAUGGAUGGAUGGAUUCAUCACAAAAGGAAUAUAAAAACAAUACUCGUAUAACUCAUGCCGCAAAAAAUGUAAAUGAGAACCAUGAAUGGGGUGAUAUUGAUCAGUCACAUGUUUUUGGAAACACAAACACUGGAAGAAAGAAUGUGGAAAAAAGCUCGAAUUUUGAUGCACCAAAAAAUGAAUCUGCAAACAGUUGGAAACAGCGUUCACAGGAUAACAAUGCUAGAACUAAUAAAGAAUGUGAGUAUUCAGCUGAAAAGAAGUAUAAAAAUAAUGCACAUGGGAUUAUUUCCCCCAAAAAUGUAAAUCAGGAUGAAGGUGAAUGGGUAGAUAUUAAUCCAUCAGAAUCAUUUAGGAAAACAAAUCCUCGAAGAAAAAGUGUUGAAAAGGGCUCUCAUUUUGCUUCAACAGAGAAUAAAUAUACUAAGAAAAAAAUAUUUUCUUCACGAAAUAACAAUGAUAAGUAUGAUGAAGGAUGGCUGGAUUCAACAGAACAGGAUUAUAAUACAAAGUCUGGGACUUUUUCCUCAAAAGAUGUAGCUCAUGAUGUUGAUGAAUGGGCAGAUAUUGAUCAAUCGGAUGUUUUUAAGAAAACACAUUUUCAAGAAAACAACAUGGUUGAAAAUGAUGUUUAUUUAGCAAAACCUGAACCCACAAACAAUUGGGAACAACCUGAUUGUGUUCAAAAUAGUUACAGUAAAUCAGAUGAAGGAUGGUUGGAAUCAAAAGAAACAGAGCAUAUGAACAGAGCAAGCAUGGCUGGUGCUUUAAAAAAUGUAGCAUGUCAUGUAGAUGAAUGUGUGGAUAAAGAUCAAUCAGAAUUAUUUCCUGAAGAAAUUUCUUCAGUAAAGAAUAAUGAAGGCUCUCAUUUCAAUCAUAGUGGCAGUGAUGAUGAGUCAAAUGUCUUGGAGGAAGAAAAUAGUAAAUUAUAUGAAUGUGCUUUAAAACAGAUGAAUUACUCCGAUGAUUACAUAGAUGAUGGAGAUUCAAAAUUUUUUGAAGGCAAAGAGGUGAAACUGAAUGAUAACAAUACAAUUCAUGUAGUAGUUCAUUUUGAUAAUACAUCUAAAACUCAACCUGUAAAUGAUGAAGAGAAUGUUGAUGAUUGUGCUAACACUAAUGUUAAAACUGAUUGCGAAACUUCUUCACAUCUUGAGACCAGUUAUACUCCUCAUGAUUCAUGUGAUAAAGUAAAUGCUUCUUCUGAUAUGCAAGUACAUAAUUCAGAAAUGUCUAGUGUCAGUCAAAAUGUGAUGGUGGAGUCUGAUUCUCUGAACUCUUAUACUCCUGAACAAUUUGAUGCAAUAAGGGGUACAAACACCAAAGGUCAUACAAUGCUUCCAGAAUUUCAAAAUGUAAAUCUUCCAUGUGAUACGGAAAAAAAUUCAAAAUGUGAGAAGCAUUUUGAAGAUAAUAAGGAAAUUCUUUCUUUAUUGUCUCAUGACGACACUGUUUGUGGAGAGAAAAUUAACAUAGCUCAGGAGGGUGAUAAUUCUACUUCUGAAACUUCUGCUUGUGAUGGAAAAAGUGAAUUUACUGAAAAAAAUGAAGAAAAUCCUGAAAAAACUGAUUACAUGCAUAUUGACGAACAUAUUUCUAAAACUUCUGAAACUGUUGCUACUGAUGAAAAUACUGUACUGGUGGGGGGAAAUGAAAAAAAUUGCAAAACGUGUAACAUACCUGAUGAAGAUCUUGCUUUUACUUCAGAAACUUUUGCUACCAACAAAAAAAGUGAUGGGAUUCCUGAAAAAACUGACUUUAAAAAUGAGGUAGUUCUUCCAGACAUGCUGAAAUCAAAUCCAAAGUCAAAUGCACAAGUAGUUCUACCAGAUAUGUUGCAAGCAAAUCAAAAUGCCUAUGUGCAAGAUACUAAUUUUACUAGUGUGGAUAAAAAUGAUGCAAAAACAUGCUCUAGCAAUCCACAUAUAGGAAUGCAGAAUUGUAAUUCAGUAUGCCCCAAGCAACUGCCUAAAGUAUGUACUGAGAAUUCUUCUCAACCUCUCACGACAAGUGUAAAAUUUCCUGAUUUAGUCCCUAUUUUUGAUACUGGAUUUUCUGUUGAUGGUGCCCAUGGCACUGAUAAAUCAUUUUUAAAGCAAGAACAUAUUCAGUCUAGUCAAAGUGACUAUGAGAAACAGUGUGAUGCUAUUAAAGAGGAGAAUAAUAUAAAUCCUGCCAAAAGAAUAGAAUCUCAUCCUUUGCAAUUAAGUGAAAACUUACAAGAUGACAACGAAAAUGCAAGUGCCUUAAAUCAGUCAGAUGAUGGUGGCUGGUCAACAGUGAGUGAGGAAGCAGAUAGUAAUGCUGAAAACAGUGAUGAUUUAAUUCAUAUUACCGAAAAUAUUAAAGAUCAUGAAUCAGACACAAUAAACAGUUAAUUCUUUGUUUUGAAGUGCUGCUCAAUACUUAAAUUCAGUGCUGAUGUAAAUUUUACUUCUUAUGUUGUUAAUGACCUUUCAGUGUUCUCACAAACUUCUACAGUCAAAAAAGGUAAAAAAUUGUUAGAGGUCAGGGAUAUGUUUUCUUAAGUUGUUUAUGUCAGAGAAUUUGACUAAAUUUGUAUUAAAUUGACUCUACUUAGCAAGUCAACCAUAAGUUCCUAUAAGCUGUUAUAUUUUCUUUUAUUGUAUAGGAUAGACUGACUAGUUAAUGAACGCACAUGCAGAACUCAUAUUUUCAAAAACUCGUAUCAUUGAUUAAAACUAGCAUUUUGCACAUGACUGUAAAAGCAAUGUACAUAAUUAUUAUUUUUCAAUUGUGAGAAGUUUUUUGGUUCUGUGUCAUGUGUGUUUUUUUCUUUGGAGGAGUGGGGCGGAAAAAGGUACAGUAGACAACUAAAUAAACAUAUGUAACCAGUGAAAAAACACAACUUUUUCUAGUUGUUUUCUUUUUGAAAUUGUAUAGAAAGAAGUUACUGCUUCUAGUUCAUCUUUGAGAAAAGUUUUAAACCUUUUUUUAUGUAAUUAAAAGCUAUAUUCAUCUACAUGUGUUCAUUCACUGGUUAGAUUACCCUACUUAUUAAAACCUAUCUUGAAAUUGCUGAACAAAGCUAGGUGAAAGAGAUUCAAAAAAAAAAAAGUUCAGAAGCAUAAAUUAUAGCAUGAAAAAAAAGGUAAACAUAAUCAGAAGAGGGUAGGGGGGGGGGAGUUAGAGCGUUGAAUAGCAUUUGGGAAAAUUAUAUGCAUAUAAAAUUUUACUCAGUCAAAACAUACUUUAGCUGUGUUUUACUUAGUGCUUUAUGAAUUCCAACAUGAAUAAUGCACAAAUUUGCAUACACUAUGUAUUUGCAUACAUAAUUGCAGACAUAUUAUGACUGCAGUUGACUGAAAUAUAAUUAUGCAAAUUAUCUGCAUUGAAAUGGUAAAAAAUUCAGUUGUGGUUUUGUUUAUUAGUGGUGUUUGGAUAGUAUUGUGCCAAGGAAAAAAUCUUUGCCGUUUUAACAAUAAUCGUAAAAACCCAAUAUAAACUUUUGUUGUAUUGAGUUGGGCAAAUUGGAGCUAUAUAUUUGUCAAAUGCACUUAAUAGAUUGAGCAUUUACAUCUGUAUUUACUUAGUUACAAUUACACCAUUUUUUAUAUGUUUACAAAACUGCUAAAAACAAAACUAUUACAAAGGAAAGAUGGAAACUUAUAAUUAUAUUUAAAAAUAUAUAUUGAUAAAAUUGCAUCAUAAUGGGAUCAGUGACAGUUUGUGAAUGUCUGGGAAAUUAAUUUUGCAGUUUGUGGGAACCCUGACUUUGUUUUUCAUUCAAUAUCCAUAAUUUUGUGUCUUCUGGUGCUUCAUUGGUUACUCAUACGUAUGAAUGUUUUACUUCUAUGAUUUAUUCUUCACACAUAUUUUUGAAAAAUAUGGUAAUUUUUUGUUAUGUUUUGUAUUUGUUAAGUUUCUUGUUCAAUGUUUAGAUAUUUUAACCAAUGCUACUUCAUGUGUGAAACAGUUGAGCUGUGGUUUUAUUUAGUGGAUCAAGUGGUUACUUACUCUUCUGAAACUCAUUGCCUAUAUGUUUAAAUACUCAUUUUGUACAAAAUGAUGCUUUUUAAGUUUUUGAAUUAAUUAUGUGUCUUUGUCUUUAUCAUAGAUGGUAAUUAAAUUUGUUAGGCUCAUUCCUGGAAAGUUAUAACUGAUGGCUAAAUGAUAAAUCGGAUGUAGUACAGUUGUAAAAGAUAUCCAUGUAUAUUUUAUUUUUUAGCUUAUUUAAUAACCUUAAAUAUAAGGCUAAUUAAUUCAUUGACAAGGUGAUAAAAUUCUUAAAUUUGUUUUCAACUAAUUUUUUCAAAGAAAUUUGCUAUCAUAUAACAAGUACAGUUGAACUCUCUUAAUACAAACACAAUUAAUACGAAAUCACAGCUAGAACAAACAUUUUAUUCGUUAAGUUUGCUUUGGACUUUAAUUACAUUCAAAAUUUCAUGCAUAAUGUGUACAUUGAAUCGAGAGUCUCUGUUAAUACAAACAAAAUUUCCUGAUAUUUUUACUUAAAAUGUUCGUGGUUAAAUUCUUCAAUUUUCUUUUUUAGAAAAUUAUUCAUCAUUUUGUUAGGUAGCAUAAGUUCCAUUGUGUAUCUAGAAGAAAACAUUAAAUAUUUUGCAUAGAAAAUAAAGCUUGUUCAUUUGUUUACUUGUGGACAUUUUAAUUUACUUGGAGAUAAAACUUCAUCUUCCAUUGUAGUUUACAACCUCUUUCCUGAUUCUCUGUUAUCUUCCUUUUUCAAUAUUUUCCAAACAUAUCCUUUUCUGAGAAAUUAGUGAUUUUUUUUCUGAAUGUACCAAUAGUUAGAUUACAAUGUGUAUUAGUAGUAAUAUUUUUCUAAUAUAAGUAAGCAUUUCUUUAUUAACUCAUUUACGGUUGACACGAAUAAUAGCUAAUAUGAACAAACUCGUGGAUUGUUGACAUUUCAUAUUAACAGAGUUCAACUGUAUUUGAAAUUGAAUAAUAAAGUAAGUUAUCUCAACUUAAUGUAGCCCUAGUGUAUGAGAUCAGAGAUUCUUUGUUGCUUGGUGUGGACUGGCUAAAUUAUUUGCUGCUUUAUUUUUUGCGAACUGAGCUGAUCUUUCUUUUAUUGCCAUCAAAAUUGAUUAUAAUUAAAAGCAGUAAUUAUUUAAACAAUAUUUUACAACUCAUUUAAAUAUUGUGAAGUAUUUUAUGUAAAUAAAUUGUUCUAUGUACAUAUUUUGAUACAUUCUAUAUAAAAUUUUCAUAUUUUGUAUCGGAAAAUUACUUGUGGCUAAUUUUUGUUGAGCUAAAUUUCCUGUAAUGUAAAAAGAAUACUUUUGCUUUUGUGCUUGUAGCUAUUAGGCUUAGACAAUAAAAUUCUGUUGAUUAUUUUUCCUUUCAUUUUGAUGAUUCUUAUUCUGAUCUCUGCUCUAUUGAUACAAACCAGACUGAUUCUGCGAUUAUACUUGCACA